AUGAUGUGUGAGCGAGUUGACCAACGAGGAGAGGUGUGUCUUAUUGGGGUGAGCAAUGCGAACAGAAGCCCGAAACUUCGGCCGGACAGACCAAGGAAUGCAGCCCGGUCGGAUGCUAGUGGCCCAACACCCGUAUGCUUGAGCCAAGUAGAAGGUGAAGCUUGCGGCCAGACAACAUCUGGAUUGCUAGUUGCUGGAGAGGUUAUGCAGGACGACUCCCAAGGGGUCCAUGAUCGUGGCCGAACCGAUGACAAUUUCUCAGAGCGGGUUAGAGAUAUUGUCAAUUCCGGUAUUAGCGGACUAAAUCAUAGAGGACUGAAGCGAAUGUUAGAAAGAAUCAGGUCUUUGAGGAACGACGAAGCAGCGAAAGCGGCGAUUCCCACGGAGCUACGCGGUGCGACCACGAUGGGGCAAGCUCUGUUGCCGAAGGGAGGCGAGGUAACUGCCGGUAAAAUGACUUCUGGUAGUAACGGAGAGAAUCAAGAGCCUCAUGAAUGUCCAAGACAUAACAUUACACCGCGACAAAAGCGGCGGAAGAGAAACGAACCCGAGAGGUAUUACCGGGCAGCUAAACGUCGUCGAGUGGAAACCGCGAGAGAAGGGUUAGCUAAGAGUGCUGAGGAAUAUUUGGCUAAUGCACUCUCUUUGCAGGAAGCAGACUUUGACGAGAAGCUGCGAUUAUCUGAGAGCGGUGAGUGGUGUAAGCCGGUGAGUCUUGAGCAGAAGGUAUCUACAGUUCAAAGGUUUUAUGAGGCGUUCCAUGAUAGGGACACAUUACCAAUACAAACCUGUAUGCUUUGCUACCGUAAGUGUAGUCCGGACGGAAUGGGCGAAAUAUCUUGGUCAGCGUGGACAGCAUGGCCAAAAGCAAGUCGAGCUUGGUCACCGUAUGAGUGUCGGUUGUGCUUCCCUGUCGAGAAAGCGAUCUCAGGUUGCAAGGAUUGUGUUGGCCAUUUUAGAAAGAGCGGUUUGACGGCAGCUGCCCAGCUACACAGCCGCUUGGGGUGUGAGCAUUUGUUUCCCGACGAGCUCAAAGGUCUAACACCGGUUGAGGAGAAGCUUAUAGCGCUCAACUCCUGCUAUGGCUUUAUCACCAGAUACUCGAUCCCUGAUGGCAAACGGCAGACGCUGAACUACCCAAGACAUAUCAAGGGCCAUAUCACGGUGUUUCCGAACAAUGUGCAGGAGCUUGUUGUGAAGGUUCUUCCACAUCCUCUUUUGAAGGUUAUGGACGACGUGCAUGUUUCAUGGCAUGGCGCGAUCAAGCCAAGGCCGAGUGAUUUGGCAGGCCUCUUAUCAGUGCGGCGACGUCAUGUUGAGAGGGCCUUGGCGUGGCUCAAGAAAAACAACCCGCACUAUGCAGAUAUUAGGAUCGAUGUGGUGGAGAUGGAGAGUUGGGGGGCUCCGCUGCACGGUGUACCUGCUCAAGUCUACGAGCGCAUGGAACGAAAUGAACCAUCUGCAUUGGAAAAGGCACGCACAGCGCAUGUUGUUCCACCAGUGGAGCGUGGUCUUGAUCAAACUAAGUCGACGGAUAUUGAAGAUAUGCUAGUCACGCUGACAAGAGGGCAACCGGUAGCCAAGGACUCGCCUGAAAUGACCGAAACGGAGGACGAGGAUACUCAAUUAGACAGGGACGAAGCCCAGGUUAGCAACGUUCCUAGUCAAAUAAAUGAGGUGAGCUCAUCUGGCAUGUUUGCCCUUGAUAUACCCCCAAACGUUGCCGAGGAAGAGAAAUUACGGUUCGCGGUAGAAGCUGUUGGCAAUCACACAACCCACAAGGGAGUGAGCAGCAGUUGCUUAAAAGGGUCCACCGAAAUAGGGAGAACAGAGCUGCAGGAGCCUUAUAUUCAUGUUUCCCGCGGUGAUGAGUUUGCUGACUCCUUUGAUGUUUGGUUUUUUGCAAAGACUUUUCCGACAUUGAUGCCAUUCGGUGUCGGCGGUCCUCGCAUGCUCGAAGAGACAGUUUCACAGAAAGAAGGACUGGGUUUGGAUGUUGAAGAUGGUGUUGUGGCGGAGGCAGCAGCGGCAAAUCUUGUGUCAUCACGAAAUAUGAGUCUCCAGACUUGGGCGCGGAUUGUGCUGCAACGUCACGGAGGGCGGUUUGCAACCCACCACAUCUUUUCGUUCCUCGUCUUCAAUCUAGGGGUAAAAUCGAGGAAUCGCAGAGUGAGCAUGUUAAGCGUAACCAGAAAGAGCUUCCCCAAGAUCGAACGUCUCGUCCGGUCUCUGACAACCGAGAGACUGCAGGCGGCUAAGACAGAUCUGGAGAGAGUCGGUUACACAGUUGACGAAGGCGUGAAAGAGCUGCUUAAAAGCCUCUCACUUUAUGGUUUCCGGCAACUAAUGUCCCGAGAAUGCCGGUUAAGUAUGCGGCGGAAGAUCAAGUCCUCGGUUAUAUAUCAAGGUAUACCAGCAGUUUGGAUCACUCUUAACCCAAACGACAUUACCAAUCCGGUGAAGCUACGCCUGGCCGCGCACAGGUUGCGUGAUUCUAAGGAGGCCGAGGAGUUCGUAGCAAGCCUGGAUAUGGCUUAUAAGCGGACGAGGCUGGCAAUUUCGGAUCCGGUUAGCUCAGCCAUAUUCUUCCAUCGAGAAAUCUCCCUUUUUUUUAAACACUAUGUUAAUGUCGGGCUAGAGUCGGUUUUUGGGAGAAUUAGUCACUAUUUUGCAGCUGUAGAAACAAAUGAGCGAGGCGCGCUUCAUGUGCAUGGACUGCUUUGGUUGGCAGGGAAUUUGAAUCUCCAUAAAAUAAUGAUGGACGUGACGAAACCUGAGCACGCAGUGUAUCGCGAAAGUAUCACUCAGUACGUUGACAGCGUGUUCUCCGAGGAUCUCGAUCAAGAGGCAUAUUGUGGAGUUGUCGCGGAGAGGUCGGUACAAGCGGAUAUAUCGUCCGUUUUGCAAGACGGCCGGCGCUUCGCUGAGAUGUUCGACGAAGAGGCUAAUUUUUGCGCCGGUGCUACACAGAUCCAUACCCACAGUCCAACUUGCGUAAAAUAUUCCCUCAAAAAGAUAAAUCGCACACGCGAUCUCUGCAGGUUUAAAGCUCCCUGGAAACUAGUUGAGAAGACGGCGUUCACACCAGACGGCGUGUUGCAGGUUCGAAGGAGCCAUAGUAUGGUGAACCGAUGGAACAAGGCGAUAGCUGUAGGCCUACGGCAUAACCACGAUAUCUCGUUCAUAGCGACGCAGAGCAAAACAUUAGCCUUGGUGUAUUACCUGACCAACUAUACAACCAAGGUCGAGGAUCCGGUCUGGAAGAGAGUUAUUGCAGCCGCGGAAUUGGUGCACGUCCUUGAUAGUAGGGACAGCGAGACGCAGGAGCAGACCAACACUAGUGAUUGCGCAGCGGGAGUGGGGAAACGGAAUAAAACGCGGCAGUUCCUUAUGAGGGUUGCAAAUCGCGUCUUCACGGAGCGGGCAUUGUCACAAGUUGAAGUGGUCGCGAGCUUGCUUGGGUUUCCGACAGAGUUCUCAAGCAAUAGUGCUUGGACAUUUCUUAACGUGUCGUUACUGUAUUGGCAUGUAUUUCAACGAUGGCGCCACUUAAGAGAAUACAGUAGUAUGGGGACUAGCCGCGAUGCAAGCGAGGAGAACAUCCUAGUGGAAGAGAAUGGCCAGAAAGUUUCCUUGAUUCAGGCAUAUCCUUAUCGGGGAAAUUUACUGCGGGGACUGUGCCUGUAUGACUACAUGUCGCUGGUCCAGAUCAAACGAGCAGGCAAAAGUGGUGGCACCACAAGUGAGGUGCCGUUCGAUGGCAGCUGGGCUUUCUCGCCCAUAUGGACGCAGACACUGCGACAACCGGGGAAGCAUGCACGGGUUUGCAUCGACGGCUAUCUAAGUAUGGACUUUCUUAGCGAGGAGAAUGGGACGUGUUUCCAGAGGGCGGCUGUGCAGCACCUCGGUAUGUUUGUGCCAUGGGAGCAGUUCUUGCAUGAAGUAUCAGGAGAUAUAAAUGCUAUUUGGGCCAAGUACAGAGCGGGCCUGUCGCGGAGGAUUUCUCAUUGGGUAGAGAAUAUCCAGCUGCUGCGACGAUCAGCGGAAGAUGCAAAGCGUGAUGCGAGACAGUGGGCUGCUUCAUCUGGUGAGGGCGACCUUGCGGCGGAAGAUGAUGAUAUGACCGCCAAUAUAGACGAAAAUGACGACGAUGGUGAUGGUGAUGGCAAGAGCCCGCGGUCGUAUCGAUCCGGCGGCAUCGGCGACGCAAAUCGGCUCAUCGACGUCGUCCGAAGCGCGAUUGGCACGAAACAGAUCACGUCCGGAUCAGAAGAGCUGUCGUCAAUCUUGCAACAGCUUUGCAAUUUUCAGCAAGCCGCGCUUUCGUCAUCCGAUGAGUUAAAUUCUAGGGUGAUAUUAGAAGUAAAUCACAGAAGCUGUACUGGCCUUGAUAACAUGGUGUUGAAGCAGUGCAGCAUCCCAGUGCAGAGCCAGCUAAGGGCCAUCAAGUCUCAACAGGCAGCCGCAUCCCGUGAAAUAGAAAAGAUGAUUCAAGGGAUACAGAGUAUAGCUAGGCAUGAAACCCACGUGGAGGGUGUAGUAGGUGGUUUUAGAGACGAUGACGUCCUUGCGACUGGCGGAAACCCGGAGAAAACGGCAGCUCGAGCCAGAGCAGAUGUUCGGUUCGGGCCGUCGACAUCUUUCUUCAUAGCAGGAAAGCGUUUGGCGGAGGUAUUCACACUGAAUAGAAGACAGUCGAUUGCUUUUCUGUUGAUAUGCCGUCACCUGGAUCUCAUGCAGCAGAAAGAAGCCACCACCAUUCCACAGCUAUGCGAAUUCAUUGGGGGCGAGGGCGGCACUGGCAAGUCGCGGGUGAUUGAGGCGCUUGUGGAGCUGUUCCGCAGCAAAAGCAUGUCGAAUCGACUGUUGGUAACGGCGACGUCAGGUACUGCAGCAGCACGGAUCAACGGAAUAACUAUCCAUUCUGCAUGCAACUUCUCAAAGGACAUGUCUCGCGUGGGCCGAGCUGGAGAGGCCGACGGCGUGUAUUGCUCGACCGUAGUGGACCGAUACAUCAACGGGCCGUCUCGCACGGAAUGGCAAGAGAAGCACCUCCUGGUCAUCGAUGAGGUCAGUAUGCUUGGGGCUCGAACCCUUUGGAUGGUGAAUGAGCGACUUUGCCGGCUACGGGGAUCCCCAGAUGAUUUCGGCGGUAUACCCAUAAUUCUCUUCUGUGGGGAUUUCCAUCAGUUUCGCCCUGUGCAAGAGAGGUCGAUCCUGCUACCUAGUGGUGUAAUUUCAUGGGAUGAGGAGAGGUCGUUCAGCGUAGAACAAAGACACGAGCACAACAAGGCUCACAACCUGUGGAAGAGAUUCGCCACAGUUGUGCUGCUAAAUGAACAGGUUCGAGCCGCUGGAGAUCCUCAGCUGCACAGACUGCUGACUAGGAUCCGAACAGGAACUCAGGACCAGUCAGACCUUGACCUUCUGAACGCCAGGUGCUAUAGGAAGGACAGACGUAUUCCCUGGGAAUCCGGUAUCACCGUAGUGACUCCACUAAACAGGAACCGGUGGAACUUGAACAUGGAGGCGACUGUAGCGUUCUGGAGGAAGCAUCAGUCGACGUUGCGAAUAUUCAUGUCGGCGCAUAAGUGGAAGGAUGAAGAACCAACUGAGGAGGAGGCAUUCCUGAUGACUAAGCCAUGGAGACGACAGCGCAAUACCUGUCUAAAGCUCGUUAAUGGAGCCGGCUAUACCGCCGUAGAUGUCAUUCCGGACAAAGUAUAUCCGGGGCACCGGGUAUCAGCCGACAUUAUACUUCAUUUCGGGCCGCCAGCGGGCAUCCUGCUAUCAGGCAUUACGACCAAGAGCUUCCACUUUGUCGGCAUGCCACCGGGGACGAUUCUUUUAACGCCGGUGAGCGUUAGCAUAAGGGCCCAAAGGAGUCGGCCGUGGCAAGUGACCGACGUGAGCAGAAAGGGACUGCCCUGCACGGCGGCAUUCGCAUGUACAGACUACAAGGUACAAGGGAGGACCUUGGACCAAGUGGCACUAGAACUUCGCGGGACUAGAACAACAAUUGUUGAUGGAAAGAGCGUUCCGAGCCAGUGUGACCCGUACAGCUUGUAUGUUCAGCUGUCUCGUUGCCCAUCACUGGACGGAAUAAUGCUCCUGUCGAAAGUCCGGUACAGGGACUUCGUAGGCAAUAGAGUGCCUGAGAGCAUGGCCGGGGCGGAGGCAAGACUUGAAUCAUUAAGCAACAAAGUUAUCGAUCAGGCGUCAGGCUGGUUAGAUCAACCGUGUGAGGAAUAG